CGGAAUGUUGGCCACCCGUCUUUUCAAUUUCAAACGGUUUUCGAUCGUGUAGUGUUUUAUGGCGUUUGUCAAAUUAACUAAACUUUUCGAAAAGUGGAGUUUAUAUCACAGUUAUGUCUAUUUUUAACGAAUUGAUGACAAAAAUCAAUGCAAUAUCUGACGAUAUUGUAAAAAACUUUAAUAAUGACUUACAGGCCGCGUUCGAUUCUCUUGCUAAAUUCGAAGAGGAAUUUCAUAAUGGACGGAGAAAGGCGCGGGAGAAAGCAUCUAAAGAUAUUACCCCUAUGACGACCGUUCACGAGGAUGAAGACGAAUCAACAAAAUCAUUGGACACCGACAACACAAAACGCAGAUCCAGCACAAAAUCUACCACCGACCUCACAGUGGGACGUAGCUCCUCAGAAAGUAACCCUGAGAAGCCUCAACGGGCUUCUAAGAAACGCAGCAAACACGAAGUGGAUGACAUGUUGAGCCCCGAACAGGAUAAGAGACAGAAACGCAACGCUUCUGUUAAGGCACAGAGUAUUAUUAGUAAACAGGUGAACGUAAACUUAUCGGCAAAGCUUCGUCGCGAGGAUACAGAGAAGACAUCAAAAGGUCGACGGCGUAAGGAAGAUGACAAAGAAAACUCGGAACCACUGCUCAAUAUACAAAUCAAACAAGAGAAGAUCUCAUUACCACCAGAACCGAUGGAUGCGGAAACUUUGCCAAUUGAAGCUGAGAUAUUAGUUAAGAAGGAAGUUGAUGAUCUUGCUAUGCCUCCACCAGCCAUGCCUGUGCCCCGGCCACGUAAAGCAGCUGCCAAAGAGAAGGCGGAUGACAGCAGCGAGGAGUCUGCAGGCAAGAAGAGGAGCACCCGGAGCAGGAAGCAGACCAACGAUAGUGUAGCACCACCCGUGGCAUCCACGCGGUCGACUCGCGCCAGCUCCCGCUCGACGCGACAGCUCGACGCUGACGAGCUGCCGCCGCCCGACGCCCGCCCCAAGCGGACACGGGCUAAAAAGAAAGUAUCAGAGACGCCGGAACCAGAGAAAGCGGCCACAGCACAAGAAAGUGCUCCAGCUUCACCGGCUGAAAAACCUCGGCCCAAAAGAACUAGACGAGGGCAGAAAGCUACAGAGAAACAAGAAGAGCAACCAGAAGAAAAGCAUACAGAAAUCGCCCCACCACCCACAAUUUCACCGAAAGAAGAAAGACUAUCAAACCACGAUGUUUCCUCCCCUAUAUUACAAAAGGAAAUUACUAAGAAAGGCAAAAAGAACCCUAUUGUUGAGGUCACAAGGCUGAAUUUAGAUGAAACUGAUGCAGAAACUAUGAAAGUUGGCAAUGUAGGGGAUAUGGAUAAAACUGUCGUUAUACCCAAUGGUGUUUAUAAUCAUGCACCUCUUACGCCUAAGAAUGUGCGCAAUAUGAACGAAACUGUAGUUAUAGAAGCAGCGAGCAGAGAAACUAUGGUGAUAGAAAAACCACAAAAUGCUAUUAUGGAUGCUACAGUUGUACUUGAUAAAGAUCCCAAACCAGUGAAUUUAACAGAUGAUAACUCGUUGCUGACGGAUGACGACGACUCGCAGGAAAUUCACACGCCGCCCAAACAAGCGCUGCCGAUAAUACAACCCACAUCUGCAGUAAAAGAGAAAGUGCAACAAUUCGAAGAAUUAGCUUCCAGAGUAACCAGGACGAAAACAAGAGCUAUGGCGAAAAAGCAGGAAGAGGAACCAGAAACUCACACUCCUCCCGACAAGAUAGUGAAACCGGUACUGUCUGCUGAAACUCUCACCAAGAUGAAUAGCAUGAUCUUCAAUGGGAAACCACCACAGAUAUCAAGUUCAGCCACAAAACCCCGGGCUAACAUAGUAACAUCGACCAAGACUAUGAUUCCGUCGUCCACAUCCAAGCUGAGCGGCAUCUCCCGCGCCGCGGAGGAGUUGAAGCGCGAGAGAGAAGAUGCACGGAAGAAGAAAGAAGCCAUGUUGGAGGCUAAGAGGGAGUUGCAGAAGAAAAAACGCGAAGAGAAGAUGGCAGCGGCGGCGGCAGCCCGCGAGGCUGCCGAGCGCGAGCGUCGCGCGGCGCUGGAGGCGGCGGCGCGGGAGCGGCAGGAGAAGCAGGCGCAUGCCGACCUGGGGAAACUGGAGAGGCUCAAGGAGGUCGAACGGAAAAAGCAAGAGCUAGCCCGUAAAGUGGCAGAAACAGAAGAGAGGAGACGGGCGGAGGAGCAGGCUCGACAGCAGAGACUGGCGGAGGAGCAGCGCCGAGCUGACGACGCCAGGAGGAAGCAGCUAGAGGAGGCCGCCGCAAUGAAGAAAGAAGCGGCGUUUAUGGCGAAAGAAAUAGAGAAGAGACAGAAGGAGUAUAUAGAGAAACAGAAAAUGAAGAGAAUGGAAGACAAAUCCCACACCCCACUAAAGCUAGGCACAGCAGGUUGGCACGGCUCAGCUUUAUCUCCCGUGUACAUGGCGGAUGGCUUCCAGUACCUCAACUCUGAUGAGGACGAGGAGCCCGCCGAGAGGCCCAUUCCUGAGUGGAGUACGUCUAAAGCCCGUAAAACCCAGCUAUCAAUCCAGAGCCUGGUUCAACCCUCGCACGUGGACCGCCUGUUCAGCGUCCGCGUGCACAGCCCCGACCUGCGCGAUAUCUUCCCCAACAUCGAGCGAGCCAGGCUCAAGCGGACGUCUUCUGCUGUGUGGCGUACGCCGGAGAGACUGCCGGCGUUAGCUGAGUGAUAGCAUAUCUCAAUGGCUGUGUGAAUAAUAUAUCCAUUGGCAGGCGUGGCCGCGUCUUGUACAUAGUGUAGCUGAUUACAAUACAUUAGUGUGGUCACUUGAGUGCGUUAGAGAACUAGUGUUGUACAACACGAAUCGUAUAUCGAUAUGUAUGUAUUGUCGACAUUUUUCUUAUAGGGAAGUAUGUACUGUUGGGGUCAGUUCAAAGUAGCAUAAAUAAAAAUCGAGCUGCGUUUGCACCUGUCUCCUAUAAGAACUACUCUAGCCGUUUCACCGCGGUUUCUCCCGAGUCCCGUGGAAACUACUGCCCAUAGCGGGAUAAAAUAUAGCCUACUAACUUCCGCUCGCGUCUAGUUCGGUUAUAUCGUGUUUCCAAGAGAACUCUCGAAAAGUCCGGGAUAAAAACUAUCCUGUUCUUUCUCAAGGUCAACUCUAUCUCUGUACCAAAUUUUAUUAAAAUGAUUCAGUGGUUUAGACGUGAAAGCGUAACAGACAGAUAGACAGACAGACUUCGCAUUUAUACUUAAUACUAUUAGUAGGGAUGUAACUCGGGAAGAGUAACCUUCCAACAACAAAAUAAUUUUUCAAAUCAGUUCAGUAGUUUCGGGGCCUUUUGGGUGUACAAACAAACAAAAAAUCCUCAUGAUAGGUUAUUUUAAUAACAAAGCGAGACAAUACCUACACUACUAUAGUAACGUUAAUAUAGAUCAAUAAUUAUAAUAUAUUAAGUUACUUGUUAUCCAAUGUUUAUGUUAGGACGUGUUUGAAUAUAUUUCUUAGUAUUUAGCCAUGUUUCUCUGAGAUCUGAGAUUUUUUGAGAAUUUGUCAGUUUUGAAGCAUUUUGCAUGCCAUGGUUAUGUUCAUUAAUUAGAAUUUUUAAUUAUGAGGAAAUAUUAUGUAAAUGAAGUAUUUGUUAUUGAGAACAAUUCUGUGUAUUCUACUGAGAAAAACGCAUUGGAGAAUCUCUAUGUGCAAGGGCUAAUUAUAUGUAUAAUGAAUUAAUUAAACGUAACAUAUUGUGUUCCAACUUAGGGAUGAUUUAUAUUCACACGGCCCGGCCUAAUAUAAAUCAUCCCUUAAUGGGAUACUUCUAAAAAAGGUUUGGUUUGCAUGGAGAUUGCAGAAAAUCUCUGAGAACACUCCAUUUGUGUAGACACUUCACUUGAGGUAAGUAAACUAUCUUGAUACGACUUUUCAUACAAAUACAUAUUAAACAAAUAAACAUCAUCCUCAGAGGCUUUUCCUAACUAUGUUGGGGUCGGCUUCCAGUCUCACCGGAUUCAGCUGAGUACCAGUGCUUUACAUAUUAAACAAAUAAACACACUGUUUAAAGUAAUGAUUCGCUUGAUUAAGUAACUGUACUUAGGGGCUCCCGGACAAUACUGCGAUGCGAUGUCGCAACACAGUUGUGGGAGCCCUAAAUAGAUUUUUAGCUGCAUUUUAUUUCUUUAAAAGUAAGUUUUUAAAUAAGAAGUCGUGACAAGAUUGUUUAUCUUUCGAUAACUGCCUCAGAAGGAGUAUAGUUAACUCUAUUGCAAGUUUUUGAUUUUUUUCUUGUAUCUAGGUAUGUCGGCUCUUCCGAACACAAAUUCGCUUCAUAUUCACAAUGUAUAUUCUCAGAUUACCAUUAUUUAUUGCUGUUUACACGCACGUAUGUUACGUACGUUUAGCAAAAGAUAACAAAUUCCUGAAAAUGUAUUUAUUUAAUAGGUAUCUUAUAAUAAUGGCUCAUAUUAUGUGACCUCUAUUUUACGUUUAGCCUUGCGAUCAAGAUGAGAAUAGGUUCUUUUUGAAUAAGCUGAGGAUAAUUUUGCCCCUUUUCAGCCGUUUGAAUUUUGCAAAUUACAAUCUAAAUAGGUAGGGGCAACUAUUGUCACACAGAUCUUGUCCGGCUUUGCUUGUUCUAAGAAAGCUACUUCUGGUGUCAUGAGAGUCAAAAUCUAUGAACAAAAUAUUAAAUGGCAUACUUGAGUAAAGUUGAAUGACAAGAACGGUAAAUAAUACCUCACAAAGGUUUCCUAUUUUUAUUUUAAUCGCAAAGUAACUACGUCCGAAAUCCUAAGUUCAACGGACCUACCAUAAGCUCCACAAAUCAUCAUUAUUAUUGUGUAAAUAUUUCUCUAUUUUUGUUGAUACCAAAAUGUAGUAAAUCAUGUUAUUUCAUGCUGUGACGAGCUCACGAGUUUUAGAAUAAUUUUUAACGUUAAGACUGCUAUUGAAUUUUGAUUGUAAGUUAGAAUAAAAAUUUACAGCGAGUAUUUCAUUGUUUUAUUUUUUUCAUCAACCUUUUUGGUUCCUAGAUGAUGUAACAUCACACAAGUAGCAGAAUGCCCGAUAUGUUUAAAGCAGCUAUUACGAUCAUAUUCAAUUUAGACAUUAUUAACUUAGGAGAAUCGGGGCCCCAGUCUUACCAAGAGGUAUCGGUUGCCCGGGUGGUGGAUUUUGACGUGUGUUUACGUGCAAAAUGUAAGUAAUAUUACGGGGCAAAAUAAAUAAAAACAAUUUGUUCUAAAACAGUAUUUUAUUGCUAACCACCACACUGUAUCCUUACACAACAAUAUUUCACGAAUACAUCAGAAUGGAUCGAGCGAGUGUCCCACAUCCCAGCGAGAGAUGUUGAAGCCAGUGAAGCGAUAUUUGCGUGAGUUCCCGCCGAAACACAGAACACUCAGUCGGGAAUGUCGGCUCUGUACGUACAAACUAUUGCAAAUAUAUGUUGAAACGGUUAUACAUUAAAUAUGUGAUCAGAUUCGUUCUAUCGUUUUGUUGAGAUCAUUUUUUUUGCUGUCAAAUUCAAAUUUCCCGCCAAAUAAGCUGUCAAAAAACAUGAUCGGAUAAAUGCCCCAAAAAUUGCAUUUUUUUGCAGUAGAAUUCAUAUAUUAUAACACGUUUAUUUUACCUAGCAAAUUAACUUGGUUCAUCUUUCCAUAUAAUAAACGAAUUUCACUGCAAAUA